UAUAUAUAAAUAUGCAAAAAGCUAUUUCUACAGAUGAUAAAGAUUAUAACAUUGUAAAAGCUGACAAUCAUCAAGAUUCUGAUGAAGAAUAAUAAGAGAAAAGCUCAAAAUUAGUGAUUGAAGAAGAUGAGAAAUUAAAAGAGGUUCCUUUAGAAUAAUAAAACAAAUAGAACAAUACUAAUAUAAAAUAAGAUGUAUAAAAACAACAAUAAAUGCAAAAGUAAUAAGAAGCAUAAUAAUAAUCUGAUGAAUAGCCAAAAAAGGUUGUUACUUAAGUUUAUCCUAAAUUCAUCAACUUUGAUUAUUAAGACAUUAAUAUUAAAUUCAAGCCAGAAUGGAAGGAUAAAAGAAAAAACCUUGAACCAAAUAAAUUCGAAAAGAAAUCAUUAAUAGAAAUAAAAGAGCCUAUUCUGUAUACAAUGGAUAAGCAAAAUCCAAAACAUGGAAGAUCACUAUUUACUUCUUUGUUUUCUACAGAUUAUAGAUAUAUUUAUAUCAAUGGUGGAUAUUUUUAUAUUUUAUAAUUAAAAAAUGACAAGAUGUUAGUGAAGAGUAUUAAUUCUUUAUAGAGACUAUUUAAAAUAAUACUUAAGGGAGAUUAAAUUUAAUUAUGCUUUAUUAAUGCCAAUUUAGAUAAAACAAAACCACCUAAAGUAUAUUUUAUUUUUAAAAUUAGAUUAAAUCAUAUUAAUUCUUAAAAGGUAAAGAAUAAAAAGAAAAAUUAUUAAUGAAAAUGAGAGGUGAGAUUAAUAAAUUUGGUUAUGAUUUUGAUUUAAUAAAAUGA